UAAUUUAACAUGGAGCUGCAAUAAGUCGGAGAGAGGCAGAUAGAAAUGGAAGCGGUGAAGAUGGUAGGUUUGAGGCGACUGAUACGACAGCGUUCAAGUCUCAGAGACUCCUUAGCCGAGAAGGUCCAUAGUCCAGUUCCCUCGCAGCAUUUGGCACGCCUCACCCCCAAACGCUUCUUCGAUCUUCAUCAGCUUGGAAAUAAGGAAGCAAUUGAGAAGGAGCGCGCUCGACUUGCAGAUGAAAUGACUAGGGGAUACUUCGCUGAUAUGGCUGAGUUCAAAAAGCAUGCUGGUAAGAUUGCUGUAGCUAAUAAAUUGAUAAUACCAGCAAUGGUAGCCACAAAGUUUCCUGAUUUUGAAGUCAGCUUCACAGAUGGUAAAACAAUGAAGCUUCCUAUCCGUGUUUCUGAUCGUGCAGUUGAUUCUGAUAAAUCGUCUGUCCCCAAGGCAUCUUUGGUUUGUCUUUCAUUUCGAGCAAGCUCCCAGGAAAUGAUCAAUUCUUGGAGUGUGCCUUUUACUGAAGCAUUUAGAAAAUCAAAUGAUGUUCAUUUAUAUCAGGUAUCAUUUAUAGAUUCGUGGCUUUUAUGUCGGGCUCCUAUAAAACGUUUGCUUCUCUGGACAAUGAAGAAACCUAGUCAUCAUGAAAGCAAGGAUACACUUCAGCAGCAGAUAGUGUAUUCAUUUGGUGACCACUAUUAUUUCAGAAAAGAACUCAGGAUAUUGAAUCUCCUUACAGGGUAUAUCUUUCUACUUGAUAAUUUUGGUAGAGUAAGAUGGCAAGGCUUUGGAUCGGCGACACAAGAUGAACUAUCUUCUCUUCUUUCUUGUACAUCACUUCUUCUUGAUCAGAAAUGAGAUAUUUUGGGCUAUGAUAGACAUGGAUGAGAUUAUGCAGUUUUAACUAAUAACACAUUUCUGGAGUUACUAUUUUGUGGGGACUAAAAAUUGUAACCCAAGGAAGAACCCGAGUGAGGACUCGUAGAAUAUUGUUUCCCCCCAAGAUUUUUUGGUAUAUUUAUCUUUUCUUUUUAAUCAUAAAUUGAAAUUCGUUCAAAUAAAAGCACAUGGAAAGUUACAAAUUUAAGAAAA